CAAGAGAUGGCCACUUUAGAUACUUGGACACCUUCGAAACGUCCACUUGAUCAUGCACCAGAUAGUCCAACCAUGGAAGAAACACCCAUGACGAACUCAGAUGAUCUUCAACCUACGUCUCAUCUUCACCCUUCAUCACUUGGCAUGUAUGCCACACAAGAACCUUUAGUUAUCAUGGGUUCUUUUCAAAAACCAGUAACAUUAGGUCGUGGUGGUGCCUGCACCAUCAAGAUUGGUAGACGCAACAGACAAAUCAGUCGUUGUCAUGUCUCGAUUGAGUUUAAUAAGCUGUCUUCACAGUUUGAAUUGACCGUCUUGGGACUCAACGGUGCCUGUGUGAAUGAUAUUCAGUAUGAUCAACAUGCGACAAUUCCUUUGAGCGAAAAUAGUUUUGUGGAUGUCUUGGGUGAUCAGUUUUAUUUUAGAAUACCUGCCAUGACGCAAGAGAUAAAGAAACAAAAAAUAGAACAUAUACGUGAAUUAACGCCUGAACCAGUUGAAUUGGAAGAACAACUCGAGAAGAAAAAACAAGAACAACCCAAAGAAGAGCAAGAAGAAGAAGAAGAACCUAACAGAGAACAACCUAAAAAACAAGAAGAACAACAACCUAAAGAAGAAGACUAUCCUAUUGAAUUAGUUCCUGUAGAUACUCUCUCUCCUAUAGACCCAAAGGAAUUGUCCCCUGAACCAGAAAAAGAAGACAAUCAAGUGCUUGAAGAAAAAGAUCUGAACCUGCAAGAUACAACAGACUAUGCCGAAGUCAUUAUUGAUGCUCUCGUCUUCUCUCGUACUUCGUCUAUGCCCAUCAGUGAUAUUUGUUCACGUAUCUUAAAAGCCAACCCAGUCUAUGCUCAACAACCUCGCCAAGUCUGGAUAGAGCGUAUUCGCAAAGUACUAAAAGAAAGACCCUUCUUUGGUGAAAUUGAACGCAAAGGCAAGACAGCCGACGGUUCUCCUAAAGAAAAUCUAUAUUAUUACAACAGCGAACUUGAUCCUGUAGAAUGGCGUCGUGCUACUUAUACACAAGUUGGACGCAGUGCUCGUAAAUGUACUCUAAAAGACAAACAAUACUUUUGGAAGAUUCCUCCCAAGUUGGGUCGUCAUCGAAGUGCUUAUAUUCCACCUUCUGCUUCAGAGUUAAAAAAAAAGAAGGACGAAAACACAAAACCUUAAUAAACU